AUGGCCGACAGUGGUAUUAAACAUUUCUCCGUUAUCGACAGCGAAUUUAGCAACAUAAGAGAAAGAUUCGAUGCCGAAAUGAAAAAAAUGGAAGAUGAAAUGACUAAAUUUCGUUCGGAACUCAUGAACAGAGAAAGCAAUUUUUUCAAAACAACAUCAAGGUAA